AUGGCACCCUCCUUUCUCAAAGAAAUCCGUCGUCGUUCCAAGUCGAGCUUUAGAACGGAUAGAAGCACAGAUUCCAGCUUGGGAGGAAGCGGCUCCAAUGGUUCCGCCGGCACAAUCAAUAAAUCCUCAUCGACGUUGAGCUCUACUUAUGGAGGAAGCUCGCCGCCCACGCCAGCUCUUACGAGCUCCAUGUCCGCUGGUAAUCUGCAGAAGCUCAACAACAACGUUCCUCCUGUCCCACCAAUCCGGCCGUCGGUAAACACGUCCGCAAGUAACAGAUACAGUGUUCAAAGUGUGCCCGGCAUGUCAGGACUAGGCUCCCCGUCACCCAAAUCCACCCUUCCUGCUUCUCUAUUUGCGCCUCGGAUAUUGUCGAUAUCUGACAAUUCAUGGGUGUAUCAAAAAGUUCUCUCGAUAUAUGGCACAAUUGCAGACCCCGCGACCCAAGCGCUGGAAGGGAGUUUGACAGUGAGCCGGCUUGACGACAGCUUCCCUCCUACAUAUUGGCCUGUUUCCGAUUCUCAUUUCAAAGCACUAAUAUAUCUCACUGCUGGCCCUAACAAACUACGAUUCGAUUUCACCUCUCCAAAGCUUGCCAACAGCAACACCUCUAACCCUAUACACUCAUCUUACCUCACUCUUCACAUGUUACCCCCGCAAUGUUCUCCUCCACUUCAAUUAGUUAUCCUUCUAGGAAAAGAUUCGCCAGGAACCUUCGACGCUGUUCCAGCGCGUAUAGAGACGGAGGGCAAUGGGUUGGAAACUGCUAUUAAAAAGUUUAGGAUGGCCGCAUACUUAUGGCAAGCUUUCACCGCGGAACAGAUGUACCGCAACAAAUUAGGACGAAGGGUUUUCCGGAUGGAAGAAGAGUGGACAACAGGCACGUCGAAUCUACGAGACCAGGAAAACAACACAAUGAGGAGUGAAGCCAAGAUACACGUCGUCAGAUGCGACAAAACAGUUGCGGAAUUGCGGGACCUCGACAUCGCUCAACAAAAUCCUAAUGCUAAAAACCAAGGCAAGUUGUUUGAUAUAGCCUCAGAAGCCGUGCGAAAUCACUUUAGGUCAUUGCCAGGACAGAAACAGUAUGUAUCCGUACUUCUUCUGGAUGCUCAUUGGGACAAGGGAGCAAACAUGAUUACUGGUCACGCUGCGCUUGGUGGUGGGGGAGGAGAUUUGCAACUAGCAAUAUUCGGGUCACAAGCUUUACAAAGUUAUCCAUCUUGCAUUGAAGAGGUAGUUCCAGCAUUCUCGGACCGCACGCCUACCGAUACCAACUAUGUUGCGAAUGAUUGUAACGAAUCCGGGAGCAAUUGGGAGGCGGCCAACAUUGGAAUUGGUGCCCAUAUGCAUGAGACUGGUCACUUGUUUGGGUGUCCUCACACUGAGAGUGGCAUCAUGCUUCGCGACUAUGUUACGCUCAACCGUUCCUUCACCACUCGAGAACCUUAUUCUACCCGCACGAAGUCGAAAGGCAGUUUAGUGUUGCCCAAAGAUGAAUGCGCAUGGCAUCGCUUGGAUUGCUUAAGAUUCAAAGCACAUCCUUGUUUUGCAUUGCCAACAGACCCACCAAGAAUAGCAGACGAUUCCGUCCAGGCGUGGCCGGUUGAUAACGGAAACGUUAUUGUUACUGCGGCGUCAGGUGUAUCAUUUAUGGAAAUUUACACUCCUGGAGAUGACGUAUGCCACUAUUGGCAGGAGUUUGGUGACGGAAAUGGAAAUGGACCAAUUCAGAAGCAAAUUCUUUUGACUGAGCAGGACUUGCGUUCUCGAGUACCAGAGGAAAAGAGAAAGUCAAAGUUGAAACUUUCUAUCAAGUCCAUCACAGGCGGCAGUCAUGAAAUUGAGGACUAUAACCAGCUAGCCUCUAAAGCAUCAAAACUCAAGCUCUCGAACGGUCAGAUGGCGUUCAGAAGCAGCAAGCUUGGCCUUUCUCAAAUGAAUGGAUCGACCCCACAAGACGUUGUUUUGGACAGUGUAGUCAAACAAAACAAACUACUCACGCAAGUGAAAUUGUACAGUGGUUUUGCUCUUGAUGGCAUAGAGUUUAUCUACGAGGAUUCUACGACUCAGCUGUUUGGAAAAAGAGGUGGGCAACCAGGUGGAAGUGAUUUCUUUUUAGAUACCCGCAGAGGAGAGUAUAUUACAGGUUUCUAUGUUCGAAGCGGAUUUUGGAUUGAUGGAAUUGCAAUCAUGACGAGUCUUGGCAGAAAAUCUGCCGUGUAUGGAAAUCCGAAUGGUGGUUCUGGGUCAACUGAAUGGUCAAUUGAAGCCACAAAAUAUCAUACCCUCCAAAGCCUGUUUACUUCAGCAAAGCUUGAAUCAGCGCUUGCAUUCCACUCACCCCUGCAUUUUCGUGGCGGGGAUCCUAAGCGAAAGAGCACCUUCAACGUCAUGAGCGCAGGCUGGCGAAAAUCCAAGGUCUCGAGCUUCUCGCGACAUCAAACUACCUACCACGCUACCUCUCUUAUUCUUUACCAACCGCCAACAGAAGCUCUACCACAAUACACCAUCGAGUCUAGUCCCUAA